AUGGACAGACUGUCAACCGAACUUCUUGCCGCUAUUAUCUCUUACUUAGAGCCCUUGGAUCUUAUCAAUUCGCUUACGGUCUCACGACAAUGGCAAUUUGCAGUUGAACGGCACACAUUCUGUUCGCCACAUGUACGGAGCGACGAGCUUGACCGCUUCGCCAUAGUCUUUUCCGCCAGCAAUCGCGCAGGCGCCCUUGCGAAACUAAAUUUCCAUAUCUUGCUCCCAGCUUACUCCGACGAUCGGUGCGCUAAGUUCGAAAAUGAGAAGGAGAAGAAGACGAACAAUAAAGCAUUUACAGAUGCUCUUAUUGGUUUGUUUGAGAUCUUGCAUUCCUGGGAGAACUCGAACGCUGUGAGAACGCGGCUGUUUGCUCUAAGACUAGGUGCUUACUCGCCUAGUGAUCCGGGCUUUAGGGAGCGAGACCGACCGACCGAUCUAACGUGGCACCGAUUUGAGCAUUCCUCUCUGUCACUAUUGACGCCGGAAGAGCUACCAUCAGUUGAGAGCAUCACCAGUUUUCCACAUCCCUGUGUGGGUACCCGAUACAUUGCUGCGGCCGCCGUAGCAACUAUUGCCGCGAAGCUCCCAGCUCUAGAAAGGAUCGAUUGGGAGCUUGAGGAUGCCGCUUCCCCAGCGGAUCCCCCGCGUUAUCAGAGUCGUUACGACUUUGCGCAAGCCCUCUUAGCUAUCAAGGCCUCGAAGCUCAAGGCUUUCAGCUUAUCCUUUCCCUUUGAGGUGCCACAAAACGAAUUCUUCGAGUUCCCUAGCGCCAUUCCCCCGAACUUCUCUCCUACCGACGAUCCCCUCAGCUCAGCCCUCUAUGCUAUAUCCCAGAUCCCAAGUCUCCAGAUCUUCAGGCUGCUUGGUGAAAUUUCCAUUUCGCCAUCCCUCUUCGGACCUAUUCUCUCCACCGGGGAAACGCCGAUCGCUCAGCCGGCCACUUACCCGAACCUUGAAGCUAUUGCGCUCGAAUUGAACCGCACGACUCCUUCAGGCGACUGGCUCUUCACUGGCGACCCCGCAGAUGCGGACCUCAUUCAUUACAACUCGGACACGUAUGACUCCCAGAGCACCACAAGCGUAUCCUCGCGCAACUCUGGUGACAGCGACAACUCGCGCGUCCACGAUACGUACCACGCUUACCACGCGGCAGUCGGGCGCGGCGAGACCCCUAUCCGCUACUUCCGUAGCCGCCUCGCGCCUGAGCUUUUCGAUCCUCUCGUUAGAAGCCUUGCGCAAGCGCUAUCUCGCAUGCCUAAGCUCAACUGGCUGAAGGCAGACCUGCCCACUACGGGGGAGGGAGCCGGCCUACACAUCUUCUGUCUGGGGCCUGGAAGACCGCCUUGGGGAAAGGGGAGGGAUGAGGAGCCUGCGGUGAGGAGACUGGAGGCCGCGUGGGGACGGGGUUUGCGGUGGACGACCCCGGAGGAUGUGACUACGUUAUUGGAGGAGUGGGUGGGAGAUGGAGGGAUUUGCAAAAUGGGGGAGCUUCCGUAUGACUGA